AGUGGAGUUUACGCAGCCUGUCCCCAUGCGGGCGAAGUGACCCUGCGGUCCCCGCGACCCUGCGGUCCCCGCCCUUCCAGUGACUUGUGUUGCACGGUCGUUUCCUCUCCUUGGAGCUGAAGGAGCUGGGCCUGCUGUUUGGCCCCACUGGGAAUGGCAGCCCCGUCUAUGAAAGAAAGGCAGGAUUGCUGGGGAGCCCGGGAUGCCUACUGGAAGUGUUUAGACGAGCAUACAGAGGACGCUUCUCAGUGUAAAAAGUUAAGAAGCUCAUUUGAAUCAAGUUGUCCCCAGCAGUGGAUAAAAUAUUUUGAUAAGAGAAGAGACUACUUAAAAUUCAAAGAAAAAUUUGAAGCAGGACAGUUCGAGCCAUCACAAACAACUGCAAAAUCCUAGACUGUUCCUGAACUUUCUGGAUAUUCAGAAAUGCUCCACUAAAUGUUGAACAAUAGUAGUUUGAAUCAUGGUAAACAUCAAUACUUGCUACAUUUGUAUAAUUCUCAGUAAUUAAAAAUGACCAAGUAACAAAAAGAUCCCGUUGUUCAAACUAUGAAGCAUUAAAAAGGUACAAAAUAUACUUUUUACUUAAUUUAGUAUGAAGUCUAUGUUUGAAGAGCACAAUUAAAGCCUGUUAUAAAAUCA